ACCUGCUUUUCGGAUUUACUUUUCUUUUAAUCAUUACCUACAUGGAAAAGAAAUUUGAAAGAAAUAUCGUUCGCAACCCUAUGCUACAUAUUAAUAAACAGUACCCUCUGAAAAAUCAACAAUUUUUCAAAAACAAAACAACUGUGAGAGUAAAAGCAGUCAACCUUACCAAUAAACCGUCAGUUAAAUACAAAGAAGAUUCCUGUGAUGUUGAAACUAAAAAGUUUUAUCUUCAGCACAGAAAGAAAAAUAACGAUGUAUUUUUAAAUUUUACACCAAUUGGUGGAUCGGACUGGCAAUUUUGUUCUACUGUUCCUUGCGUAGAUUUGAAUGAAAUUAUUUUCUCGAAGUCAAAAGAAGAAGAAAAACAGCUGAUUCCUAAAUGCUCCGACAAUUAUGUGCAUCUGGAUUCCAAGAAUCAUUCAAAAGAUGUUCCUGUUUUUAAGUUUCCAGAUAAAUGUCUGAAAAGAUUUAUCAGCAAAUUCUGCACAGACAAUUUCGCUGUCCCCAACAUUGUUCAUUACAUAUGGCUUGGAAAGCACGAAAUUGAGUUUAUUUAUUUUGUGACCUUUUAUAGCACUCACAAAAACCAAAAUCAUUGUCUAAUUUUUCAUUAUUAUGACGUUUUACCUUUUGGAAAAUGGUGGGAUGUACUUAAAAAAAUUAUCAAAAACAUAGUGUAUGUAAAAAUUAAUCCACCAUUCCAAAUUGCAGGAAAGAAAAUUCAUUGGGUGGAACACAAGUCUGACAUCUUGAGACUUAAGAUAUUGAAAGAAUACGGCGGUGUAUACCUUGAUACAGACCAAUACGUCCUCAGAUCGUUAAACAAAUUCAGAAGCAAUGAAUGCACCAUGGGGAACGCACACGAUGGAUCAACGGGUAGUGCAUUAAUAAUUGCAGGAAAAAAUGCAACAUUUAUUAACAUUUGGAUCGAUAGUUAUAAAUCCUAUAAUCCAAAUAUAUGGGGAGCAAAUUCAGUGACGAUGGCAAGAAAACUCUACACACAGUUUCCACAACAUGUCUUUUUGCAUGAACACCAUUGCCUAUUCUUUCCACACCGGUACCUUUUGUACAACCAAAAUUACAAAUGGUCACACGCCUACGGACUUCAUCUUUAUGAAAAAAGAGAAAGAUGGAAGGAAGUCCAACAAUGGAAUUUAGUAACUAUAAGAAAAUUGAACAAUACGAUUGGUGCUGUUUUUAGGUAUAUCCUGUUUGGAAACAAGGAACUAUGCAAUUAGGGCGUUAUUCAAACUGUAAUUUCAUUUCUUCUUUUAUUUAAAAUUACUAUAUGUACCUAAGAUGUUCUGCUA